AUGCUAGAGGUGGGCAAUGACAGGAUGUCCCCGGCGCGAGCGAUGACCCUGCAAGGCGCCGGGCGUCGCUCGGAACCCCGCCGACCCGCCCGAAGUGAUGCGCCCCUCGAUCCACCCUCGAUGCCAUAUUUUAUAGAAAAUUUCACGCUUAUUAGGCUAUGUCUACAAUCUCUACGGGUGAUAUCACAUUUAUAUCAAAAUGCCAACGCUUGUCUGCCGCGAGUGCGAGGAAACUUUAAUUUUUCAAAGCGUCCGCUAGUCAAAUUAAAAGCUGUGAAUAAUGUAUUUAGCUUUCGAACUAGGACAGUGUAUUGUGAUGUUAAUUCGUUGUUAGUAAAAACAUUAGUGCAAUUAUUCGUUGUUGCCAAGUGGGUUGUGUGUUCGGUGCGGUCGAGAUGGCAUUGCGGGCGAAGGAAGGACUGGCCUCGAAGGCUUCUCCUGUUGUGGCUGUGUAGUUGUGGGAGCUACAGCGAAGGUCGCCGAGACAAUGAUCUGCACAUCGGCGGCAUCUUUCCGAUGGAGGGAGAAGGCGGCUGGCAGGGCGGGCAGGCCUGCAAACCCGCCGCUGAGCUCGCUUUGAUCGAUGUCAACGCAAGAAAAAAUCUUCUAUCCGGAUUCAAACUAUUGUUGCACAGUAAUGACAGCAAGUGUGAACCAGGUCUAGGUGCCAGUGUAAUGUACAAUCUGCUCUACAACCCACCACAGAAGCUCUUGCUGCUGGCCGGCUGUUCCACAGUCUGCACCACCGUCGCUGAAGCUGCCAAGAUGUGGAACCUUAUGGUUCUUUGCUAUGGGGCGUCAUCACCAGCGCUCUCGGACCGAUCGCGGUUCCCCACUCUGUUCCGAACGCACCCGUCGGCAACGGUCCACAACCCCACCCGCAUCAAGCUGAUGCAGAAGUUCGGUUGGUCCCGCAUCGCCAUCCUGCAACAGGCGGAGGAGGUUUUCAUAUCUACUGUGGAAGACCUAGAAGCGCAUUGCAAGAAGGCCGGCAUCGAGAUCGUGACGCGGCAGUCUUUCCUGACAGACCCUGUUGACGCCGUGCGGAACCUCCGGAGACAAGACGCGAGGGUCAUCGUAGGACUGUUCUACGUAGUUGCGGCGCGCCGUGUACUCUGCGAGGUCUACAAACACAGAUUGUACGGGAAAUCAUACGUCUGGUUCUUCAUUGGUUGGUAUGAAGACAACUGGUUUGAGACGAACCUAGAAAAGGAGGGCAUAGAGUGCACCGUGGAACAAAUGCGAGAAGCGGCUGAAGGACACCUGACGACUGAAGCUCUCAUGUGGAAUCAAAAUGCUAACCAAACAACUAUAUCAGGCAUGACAUCUGAAGACUUCCGGUCACGCCUGAACGGGGUCCUCCGCGAGGCGGGCUAUGACAUCGACGGCGAGAGAUUCCCAGAGGGAUACCAAGAAGCACCUUUGGCUUACGACGCGGUGUGGGCGGUGGCUUUGGCUUUCAACAAAACUAUGGAGAAGCUUCUUAAAAGCGGACAAAGCCUUAAAAAUUUUACGUACACCAACAAGAAAAUCGCCGACGACAUCUAUGAGGCAAUAAAUUCUACAUCAUUUCUUGGGGUAUCGGGCUUAGUGGCAUUCUCGUCUCAAGGCGAUCGGAUAGCGCUGACUCAAAUCGAGCAGCUGACAGACAACCACUAUGUGAAGCUGGGGUACUACGACACACAAGCUGAUAACCUUACAUGGUUGGACCGGGAGAAAUGGGUUGGUGGCAAGGUACCUCCGGACAGGACGGUGGUGGUGAAUGAACUUCGUACCGUGUCCUUGCCUCUAUUUGCUUGCAUGACUGCAUUGUGCAUCGCGGGAAUACUGGCUGCUAUUGGUCUCAUUGUUUUCAACAUCAUGAACAGACAUAGGAGGGUCAUACAAUGGUCGCACCCAGCUUGCAACACUGUCAUGCUGUGUGGGUGUUGCAUUUGUUUGGGAGCCGCCGUAGCUCUGGGGGUCGACGGACGGUGGGUACAGCCCCAACACUUCACUGGACUAUGCGCCGCAAGAGCCUGGCUCCUCGCAACCGGUUUCUCCAUGGCCUACGGAGCGCUAUUCACCAAAGUCUGGAGAGUACACAGACACACGACAAAGCCAAAAGUAGAUUCGAAGAAACGCAUGCAUGGUUGGAAGCUGUACACCAUGGUAGGCGGUCUGCUAAUGGUCGACGUGGCGCUGCUGACCGCUUGGCAGAUCCGGGACCCCUUACAACGGCGCAUAGAGUUGUUCCCGCUGGAGGCCCCCAGGCACCAUGACGAUGAUGUUCAUAUCAGACCUGAAUUAGAGCAUUGCGAGAGCGAGCAUAACACUGUGUGGCUCGGUGUGAUGUACGGGUACAAAGGCUUGGUGCUAGUGUUUGGACUAUUUCUGGCUUACGAGACCAGAUCAGUGAAGGUCCGUUCGAUCAACGACUCCCGCUACGUGGGCAUGAGCAUCUACAACGUGGUAGUGCUGUGCCUGAUAACGGGCCCGGUCACAUUGGUCAUCGCGAGUCAACAGGACGCCUCGUUUGCCUUCGUGUCUUUAGCCAUCGUCUUCUGCUGCUUCCUGAGUAUGGCCCUCAUAUUUAUACCAAAGGUGAUAGAAGUGAUUCGGCACCCAACGGAGAGGGCUGAGAGUGGGAGAGGAGGGUCCGGGUCGGGGUCAAUGCCAGGGGACGAAGAGCGGUAUCGGGAACUCGUCAAGGAAAAUGAAGAACUACAAAAACUGAUAGCACAGAAGGAGGAGCGGAUUCGGACGCUGAAACAGAAGCUAGCGGAGCGGGAAGCGGCGUCGGCCGACGGUGUGACCCAAGGUACGGGCGGAGGCGUGCUAGCUGAUCUAGCCACGGCCACCUCUGACUAUGGCACGUCCACUAACUACACGCGAUCCUCCCGCGCCUCUGUCUCCGAAUUAGACUUUUCCGAAAGCUACUUGUAA